CACCCUGCUCCUCUCUCCCGCCUGCUUUUUGGGGUCCACCACCACCACCACCUCGCAACGUGACAGUGCGAGGCAAACGACGGCGUUUCAAAAAGCGAGGCAAAGUCGCGAGCGGCCAAAAAGGGCUCCGGAGCCUCGCUGGAAAAGGUUUGUCUCAGGUACGACCCUCCGAUGAUUAGAAACGGGCCUUUUGGACCCUCCCGGCACGUGUGACAUUUGGCUCGGAGUCGACGCUGAGCUCAAAGCGGCCGUUGGACGGCAACGGCAAAGUUCCGGAUCCCGAGAGCGGCGCUUCCGACGGAGCGCCGGACGCGGAGCGCGAGUCCGUCGGACAACCGCCGGCACUCGAGCGCAAGGAGAGGAGGAAAGCGCAAGAACGGUCAAAGGCAAAGACCGAAGACCGAAGACCGGUCGGAAAGACGCGCUACAGGGCGCACAAUCUCUCCAAUGUGACUCGGACUGACGAGAUGAGCCGCACAAAGGCGGCCUCAGUGGACCCGCGGCGGGGGUUGAUGGAAGGAAUGACAAACGCGCCUCUCCGGGAGGGGCGGGGGUCGGCGGGGAGGAGCUACAGCCCCAACGGGAGCCGCCGGGACCGGCGCCGCCAGCCCCGCCGGACGCCGCGCCGCGCAAAGGUGAAACGCGCUCGCUCGUCACAGGAAGCAGGCAGCAGCGAAAGCCGUGACGUCGGUGAGAGCAGGCUCCUCCCCUCCGAUGAUAAGCCACUCCCACACGGUGCCGCUGCUGAGCCCGGCGGCGGCGGCGGGCGGCGACGGCGACGAAGAGCAGCGGCGACGGCGCCGCGUCCUCUCCAAGGACGGCCGCAGCAACGUGAUGAUGGCGCACGUGAGCGGGCGGCGGGCGCUCUACCUGCGCGACCUCUGGACCACCUUCCUGGACAUGCGCUGGCGCUACAAGUUCUUCUUGUUCUGCGCCACCUUCGCCGGCACCUGGUUUCUCUUCGGCCUGCUGUGGUACCUGCUGGCCGCCACGCACGGCGACUUGGCAGACUUGACCGCGGCCUCCGAGCACACGCCGUGCGUGACGGAGGUGCGGACGCUGACGGGCGCCUUCCUCUUCUCGCUGGAGUCGCAGACCACCAUCGGGUACGGCUCCCGCGUCAUCACCGAGGAGUGUCCCGCCGCCAUCGUGCUGCUCAUCUUCCAGCUGGUGGUCACCAUGGUGAUGGAGAUCUUCAUCACCGGCACCUUCCUGGCCAAGGUGGCCCGGCCCAAGAAGCGCGGCGAGACGGUCAAGUUCAGCCGGCACGCCGUGGUGUCCACGCAGGAGGGGCGGCCGUGCCUGAUGGUGCGCGUGGCCAACAUGCGCAAGAGCCUGCUGCUGGGCUGUCAGGUGACGGGGAAGCUGCUGCAGACGUGGCCGAGCGAGGAGGGCGCGGCGCUUCGCCUGGACCAGCGCAACGUUUCCUUCCGGGUGGACACGUCCAGCGACAGCCCCUUCCUCAUCAUCCCCUUGACCUUCUACCACGUCAUCGACGACGGCAGCCCCCUGCGAGCCUGGGCCGCCCAAGGUGGCGACCAAGCGGCGGACUUUGAGCUGCUGGUCAUCCUGAGCGCCACGGUGGAGCCCACGUCGGCCACCUGCCAGGUGCGCACCUCCUACCUGCCCGACGAGAUCCUGUGGGGCUACGAAUUCCCGCCGGUCAUGUCGCUGUCCACCUCGGGGGCCUACGUGGCCAACUUCGCCUUCUUCGACAAGGUGGCCAAAGCCAAAAGGCAGCCGGCGGACGCCGAGAAGACGCCGAGACCCGAGCGGCGCCGAGACGGCGGCGCGCCGAGCCUGCGCAUCAGCAACGUUUGACCCGCGGACGGGAAGUUGCCUCGCGCUCUCCCGCCAACCGACGUGUGGCUUCGGUCGCUUGAGGAAAUGCCUCCUUGCGGAGUUGUCGUCUUGUUUUCUUUCAGUUUGAGCCUUCACCUUUCAUGGCGCCUCAAAACACAAUAAAAGUCCAAAUGCCCUUUUUG